AUGUACUCCGACAAUGAUGCCUACAACACAGGUCUCAUCUCGUUUGAACAAGCGUCUAACAAUUACGGCGCCGCGUUCGCCUGGAGGAACCCAGUCCUGACGACUACCAAUACCAUCUCCAACUUAUACAACAACGGAGCCUUCCGCAUCAUCAACGUCAACUACCACAACGUGCAGAACGGAGGAAUCCUCUACCUCGAAGACGGCACCGGCGUCUUCCAGAACCCAACCGCUGGACCAUCUUUCCCAGGCCAGUCCAUCAGCUUCCAAGACCCUUCCGCAGUACUGCACUUGGACAGUGCAGUCUACUCCCACAACUCCAACUUCGGCCCUCAGCUGUACGGCUUCAGCACCGGCAACGCCAUCGACUUCUACCAGAUCAUCACAACUUGGGGUUACAGCCCAUCAUCCGGCAUCUUGAACGUCGGCUUCGGUACUUACAAGGUCAACAUCAAGCUGGGCACUGGCUACGAUUCUUCCAAGUUCAGACAGGCCAGGAAUCCCCAGAAGUACAAUGUUGCUGGGUAUAAUGCAAUCUUUUAUGAUGGCCCAGCUCCUACGCAAAGUGUGCCGAGCAAGUGUGGUCUUACGGCUCCGAUCUGCUCGGAUCUUUCUGGUGGUUUGCCUCCUGGUGGGAACCCGCCUGUUUCGUCGACUACGACCUCUUCUUCGAGCGUGGUGACUACUACGUCUAGCGCUUCGUCUGCGACUUCGACCAGUGCGGCACCAACGACGAGCAGGACCUCUACCAGCUCUACCGUGUCCAGCACUAGCUCUUCCGUUCCUGCCAUCACUACGUCCAGCUCAAGCUCUUCGGUUCCAGCUGCGACCACCUCUACCAGCAAGUCCAUCCCCACGCCAGACAAUGCUUCGGCUUUCCUGGCUUACCCAUCGCUGCACUCUCUAGCACAGGCAGCUCCGUCCACUGUCCCUGCAUACGAUGGACCGGUCUAUCAACAAGUCUUCAAAGACCUCAAUGGUGCUACGUCUGCUCAAUCUUAUCUCGGCCUCUACGUCCUUCAGACCUACUCUACCAAGGAGUGCGCCGCCCACUGCGACCAGACCGAUCUUUGUACGGCGUUCAACCUCUAUGGAGAGCGCGACCCGGCCCUCCGUCCUUCCACCAACGACACUGCACCAACCGUCUGGGGUAACUACUGCCCGAACCCACCAUCCAUGACCUCGUUCAAGUGCACGCUCUGGGGAUCCACGAUCGACGCCUCCACAGCUACCAACACCGGCGAAACUCGCGAGCAGUUCCAAGUCGUCAUCACCGCCAGCAAUGGCUACGAUAAGACAAACACCACUGUGCCUGGUGUAGACCCCUGUUCCGGCUUCUCCAAGACUCCAGUAAACCUCAACGCCAAAGCAGUCGAUGGACCAUCCAACUCUCUCGGCACGAAGUUCUUCUCUGGGCCCUACAACGCGCAGGUCUGCAGUGACUUCGCUGCUGCUCAGAGUAAGGCCAAUAAAGAUCAGGGCGUCAGGUAG